GAUUUCGUCGGCUCGGCCGCGACAGACACACUUCACUCAGCUAGCUGCUGCUUCUCAUGCUAAGCUAUCAAACAGGUUGUUCAUGAUUAACAAACGUGGAGUGGACUUUGACAACACGUGGAACCUUAUGUGAAAACACGAAUAUGUGACUACAUGUAAAAAAAAAAAAAGCCUGAAGAUGGAGAAGGAGAGCAAACUGUCAUCUGCUGCUGCGGCUCCUCGGGGUUUGGAUCAAAAGCAGCAGAAGCAACGAAGCAGAGAGACUCCUGAUCCUCUCACAGCUCCAGCUCCUCCUCUAGUCUUACCAAAUCCUUACGUGUUCAACCAAACCUCUACAAGUAAGUGGACAGAUUUGAGCCAAAAACAAGGAGGAGAUGUUUCAAGGAGCCAUGGCCACCGCAGCCGACGUCCUGUGAAAGAAACCAGUGACAAAGACAAGUCCCUUUGGGAUCCACAAACAUCAAAAAGCAGCAGUGACUUUCAGGGCCGAAAUGUGAGCAAAAACUCAGCGGAUGAACAGAAAAAAGUUGUAUCACCUUCAGGCUUUAGACAUGUUAGGUCUGCCCCGGCCUCUGGAAGGAAAUCGACACCAGCACUGGCAGAUUUUGUCCCGUUUGAAGUUAAGAUGGCUGAUUUUCCAGAGUUAGCUGUCGUUUUACAGAAAACGGCUGCUCAUGCUGAAGCUCAGAAAGACCUCAGGGGUCCUAGUCUUCAUUGUACAAGCCCAGAAACUCAGACAACUUCCUGGAAGGCUGGGAGAAAUGGACCUCCAGCAGUACUUGACCCCUUGCAAAAUAUCACCCCUGUUAACCCACCAGCUCAGUCGGUAUUAACAUCCUGGGCUAAUAUUGCCUCUCAGCCCCCAAAGAAACCUGCUGUUACAGACGAGAUAAUCCGCCGCAGUGACAUACGGACAAAAGGCAUCACUAACCCAAAAGAAGAGGGAACCCCAGGCAAGAAAAAGCGAAAGAGGAAAAGGAAAUCCAAAAGCAAUGCUGAAGAAGCAGAGGCCGAGUCAGAGAGUCCACUAAUUCAUCACGAGCCACCAAAACUUGAGGAUGAAGAAGAAUUCCCUGACUUGGCACUGGGUUUAACCAGGAACGAUAAGUUAAUAACCAGCAUUAAAACAAAGCUAUGCAAUGAGGAAAACCAAAGAGAAGGAGGAUGGCAUCAGUCUACUGACAUGAACAAGGAAAAGUCACCAGCAGGAAAAACUCAACCACCUGAAAUGGCAAAGAAAGGACAGAAAGCAGACAAAGUGCCCGGGAAAAAGAGCAAGGCCCCAGUCCAGCUGGACAUCGGAAACAUGUUGGCUGUUUUGGAAAAGAAGCAACAAACACAAAAAUUGAAGCAGGACACCAAACCGGUCAUUCUUUCUGUUGGUGGAGGACUACCUGUAGUCCAGAAGCAAUCAUUGGCUCUGAAGAAGCCGCCCUGGCAGCAGGAUAAAAUCGCACACAAUCCGUUGGACUCGACCAGCCCUUUAGUUAAGAAAGGAAAGCAAAGAGAAGUGCCUAAAGCCAAGAAGCCCACGCCUCUAAAGAAGGUCAUUUUAAAAGAAAGGGAAGAGAGAAAACAAAGACGUCUGCUGGAGGAGAGAGGACUGCUGCCUGAAAAUGAGUCAGAAAUGGCUAAUGAUGCUUCAGAAGGCCAGAACGACUCGAAUGACACAGAGGAGAUUCAAAGUUUUACGCAAGGAUUUGACGAACAGCUGAAUUUAAAUGGUACGAAUUCCUACAUGGAAGAGGCAGAGGAAGAGACUGACAAAGACGGAGGCAUACAGCAAGAAUUCACGUCAUCUGAACCCCAACAGAACAAUGUCCCGAAAAUUCACAGCAGGAAGUUUAGAGAUUACUGCAGCCAGAUGCUGAGGAAAGACUUGGAUGAGUGCGUCACUUCACUGCUGAAGGAGCUGGUCCGCUUCCAGGAUCGCCUGUACCAGAAGGAUCCCAUGAAGGCCCGCAUGAAGAGGCGGGUCGUGAUGGGCCUUCGAGAGGUCCUGAAACACCUCAAACUGAAGAAGGUCAAAUGUGUCAUCAUCUCGCCAAACUGUGAACGCAGCCAGUCUAAAGGUGGCCUGGAUGAGGUUCUGCACACGAUCAUCAACAUGUGUCGUGAACAGGGCGUACCGUUCGUAUUUGCACUUUCCAGGAAAACUUUGGGCCGGUGUGUCAACAAGGCAGUGCCCGUCAGCCUGGUGGGCAUCUUCAACUAUGACGGUGCACAGGACUUCUAUCACCAGAUGAUUGAGUUGUCAUCUGAGGCAAGGAGAGCCUACGAGGUGAUGCUGUCCAGCCCGGAACAGAGUGACCAGGUUGAUUCAGAGCAAGAUUCAAACGCAAGAGAGCUGCAGAUAAACAGCCUGGCUUGUGAAUGUAAGCCAGGACCUGACCGUAAAUGGUCUGAGAAACCACAGUACUUUCAAUUCUGGGAAGAGAUUCUGGGGGAUGAAAACAACCACGCUUUUCUGAGCCAUGCGGAGCAGCUCUUGGACAGUAAAUGUACAGAAAACGCUGAAGAGGAGAGCAGUUGAUCGCAGCAAAUCGUUUUGUGAAUAAAAAGGAAGAAAAAAUUAAUUUGGGGACCAAACCCACACAAGUCUUUGGUUAGUUUGUUUUUUUUCAUUUUGAUUACAUUUCCUGUGAAUUAUGAAUCCCUUGAAUUCUUUCAGGAAAGGAACCACUUACCAAGCCUCACGAUGUAAACCAUGUUGACUCUGACCCUUCCUGCAGGAUGUGUUUUUUUUGCUUGUAUUACUAGAAUUGAUAAAAUAACACUAUAUUUGAUCAUCAUGUUGACUUAAUAGUAGCUAUAUUUGAUCUUUGGAGGGAUGAUAGGAACUGAAGUGGAUGCCACUUGAAUUAGAAAUAAAACUGUUAAUCUAGUUAUUAUUUAAGCUGUAAACACUUCAUAAACCAUUAACAGGCAGUCGGAGGGCAUUGCUUAAAGGGUGAGGGAGGUGUUAAACGUGACCAGUGCCUUGACAAACAGUGAUUUUGCAUCAGUGUAUGAAAGGUCUUUCAGAACUGCCAAUUAGAGGUUGGUAAAGUGUUAACAUUUUAAUUAAUAACAGGUUUGUUAAUUAUUUUUAAGUCAUUAAUAAGGUUAGUCUUCUUGGAAGGUGUUAUUCUCACGUGUCAAGGAAAGACAUGGGAUGAAACAAGAUGAGAAACACCAGCAGAAGUAAUUGUCCUUUGGAAACAUGUGGAAAAGUCUACAUAGGAAAAAUAUAAGGCCAGUAGUGUUUAUAGAAGACGUUAUUGUGCCUUAAAUUGAUCAUUUUAUGAUAUGAUAUUAUCCUUGUCGCUGUUAUUCUAAAUGAAAUUUAAAUUCAGAAAGACUUCAGACAGGGAAAGAAGAUACUGAUUCUGUUGUGUUGAGAUUUGUAUGUUCACAUCAUACAGAUUAGUUUCUGCGCUCUGAUUUGUCACAGUUGGAGACUGUGUGAGCUACACAUUUCUUACAACUGCUCCGUAACAUAAGCACAUGUUGUCACACAGUACAUUCAAGUCAGCACCUAGAAAUAGCCAGCAACAAAUUCAUACAUACUUGUAGACAGGAAGAUUGUAAAAAACCUCAAUACUGCAUAUUCAUCUGUUGUUGCAGUAGCACAAUCAUUUCUUUGUUUUUCAGUUCUUUAUUUUAUUAUCUUCUCCUGUUUAAGGCCACCGAAUGUCUAAGAGUUGUUUCAAAAGUUGCCAGGGCAUUUGGAAAACAAACAGGCCCUCAGCAUCACCGAUCCUCUGCUGUACUCAACAAUGAGCAUGACAUUUGUUUUACACCAGACCCAGCUAGAGAAUCGUAGUCUCACUUGACCAAAGAGCACAAUUCCACCUUUAGUCUUAGUUGCAUUCAGCAAACUCCAUGUUUAUAUUUGUGGUUGUGGGUCAGAAAAGGCAUUUUCCUGGUCUGUCAUCAAAGCAAUUGCUUGGCAUAAAGAUACCUUUCAUUUGUCCAGCUCUUACCAGUGUUACCAUCCUCCUCACUCUUUGUGAUAGCAAGAUAAAUAAUGGGUUCUUGUCCGGCCUUGUCCAUCACAGUUCCAGUUGUUGUUUUAAACUUUUCGUUAUUGCUCUGACAAGCGAGUAGCUGGUGUAUGUGGACAGCACAUUUUUGUAGAUGUUCCCUAAUUUAAUAAGAUUUCAUGUUCUCUUAUGUUUCCCAUUUUGACAACUUGAGAUGAGAUAUCUGCUUCUGCAUGAUGUAGACGUCAGGUAAGCAGUCAGUCAUGGAUUACUAAUGAAAGGUCACAAGACGGUCAAAUCAACUUAAAAAUUUAAACUGUAAAUUAAAAAAUGCAUCAGGAUUUUUUAGGGGUGGCACGAAUUAUGGCGUUGGUGAUUUAGUUAGAAACAACAUUUUCUUUUUGUGGGAUUUAUUUUCCCCAAUAAAUUAAUGCAUUCAAAACCCAAAAGUUGGAUUUCUCACACUUUUUUUCAGUGUAAGAUUGUACUACUAAAACUGAAGAUAUAUUUAUUUACAUGUUUUUUUUAGGGGUGCCAAUAAGUAAUGAGGAUGUUUUAUAGUUUCAGAACAAAUAUGAUCGCAUUAAUUUAUUUCACCAAAAUGUUAAAUCUUUCUUUAUUUGUUCACAAAUCUAUUUUAAGAUAUACCAAGGAUGAUGUACCAACUACAUUCAUUCAUUUUCUGUUCCUUUUUUAAGCUAAAAGACUUAAAAACACAGUGUAAAUAACAUUGCCAGCUGAUUGUCUUCUAUUGCUGCACAUAGAAGACGGUGUGAAAUAAUAUUAUGAUAAUAAUUAUCAAGAUUAUAAUAAAACAGAACAAAUUACUGUGACCUGGAGUGCAAGUUGACAAUCAUGUUAAAAGAAGCAAUAAUGAUGCCCUUAAGAGAGAAGACGGCUUCGUUGGUCGUUUGACACGAAAGUACUAAUAUUCCUCACAUGUGAAAGUUGAUAAAAGAUGGUUUGUAGCGAUCUUGUCUUUUUUUUUUUUUAUUUUGUUUGAUUUCUUCAGCUGCUAAAACUGGGGCAGGUUGGUAAACCAUCAGACUGGAGGAAAGGUAAAGUAACACUCACUUAAAAUGCAGAUCAAACCGAGGGAUUCCCAGAAGAGCCAUAGAUGUUAAACUUGUUUACAUGGAGAAUAUUUAUUGAAAUAAUUUUAGGAGGCUGGUAUUGAUGGUGCGUUCAAGGACAUAGAGAUAAAAAUAAGGUUCCAUCAUCUGAGCUUGAACUGACAUGUAGGAAUCUUUGGCCAAUCUGUAGCAGAAAUCUGAUUUUAAUUUGAGUUUUGCCUAAAGUUCCACCAUUAUUAUUUUUUUGUGUGUUUUUCUUUAAUCAUAUGUUUAAAUGUUCUUCAGGUAUAAGAUAGUGUGUUAUAUAUGAUUUUUGUUUUGUUUUGUUUAGUCAUUUCUUCCGAUGAUACUUCCCCCUCACAGUGAAUGGUGUGUUUUUCAGGGAAGAGCACCUUGUCUAGCCUCUCUACAGGAGCUGAAUAAAGAAAACGUACUUAAUGUUUUUACACCCGGGCGAGUUUAUAUGGUUCGUGCUACUCAGAUAUCAUUUGAAUGCAAGAUUCCCAAGAAAUAUGACAGUCUCAUGAUUUUCAUCAUAUGAGUUUGAAGCUAAAAUCAGAAGAUUAAGUUUUCUUCAAUGAACAUAUAUAUUUAAUUUAAAGGUUCUGUAAUUAGUUGCAGACACCUUAGAUUCCACUGAUAUAUAUAUUUAUUUUUAGUGAUUCAAAUGAUAUGGCUACAUUUUGUCCUGAAUAAAGAAUGUGCAUAAAACUA